AUGGGGAGCCAAAUGAAGAAGCAAUGUCAUCAAUUUGCUUGUGCUUUCGCAUUUUUCUUGAUUGCAACUUGCACUAUAGCAUAUUCACCUGAUUCUUAUAAAUCACCAGUUUCAUCAUAUAAUAAAGUACCAGUGUCAAAAGACAAUUACGAAGUGCCACAGGGGUCCAAAAACAAUUACAAGGUACCCUCAGUGCCUAAACAAGAAUACAAGGCACUAUCUUUGCCAAAGGAUAACUACUACACGAAGCCAUCUGUUCCAAAAGAUGACUACAAGAAGGUGCCAUCUGUUCCAAAAGAUAAUUACUACAAGGCACCCACAGUGCCUAAACCCGAAUACAAGGUGCCAUCUUUGUCGAAGAAUGACUACUACGAGAAACCAUCAAUUUCAAAAUAUACUUACAAGAAGGUGUCAUCUCUUCCAAAAGAUAACUAUUACAAGGCACCCUCAACGCCUAAAUCGGAAUACAAGGUGCCAUCAGUACCAAAGAGUGACUACUACAAAAAGCCAUCUGUUCCAAAGGAUAACUACUACAAGGUACCCUCAGUGCGUAAGCAAGAAUACAAGGCACCAUCUUUGCCAAAGAAUGAUUACUCCAAAAAGCCAUCAGUUCCAAAAGAUAACUACAAGGUGCCAUCUCUUCCAAACGAUAACUAUUACAAGGUACCUUCAGUGCCUCAACCGGAAUACAAGGUGCCCUCGUUGCCAAAGAGUGACUACUACAAGAAAUCUUCAACUCCAAAAGAUAACUAUAAGGUGCCAUCUGUUCCAAAAGAUAACUACUACAAAAUACCCUCAGUGCCUACACCGGAAUACAAGGUGCCCUCAUUGCCAAAGAAUGACUACUACAAGAAACCUUCAACUCCAAAAGAUAACUAUAAGGUGACAUCUGUUCCAAAAGAUAACUACUACAAGGUACCCUUAGCGCCUAAACCGGAAUACAAGGUACCCUCCUUGCCAAAGAAUGACUACUACAAGAAACCUUCACCGUCUCCUCCACCACCAUAUUACUAUAAUUCACUCCCUCCUCCUUCACCAUCACCACCACCUUCAUACUAUUAUCAAUCAUCUUCUACCCCUUCUCCAUCACCACCUCCUCCAUAUUAUUAA